GUGUGGAGCUCCAGUAGGGGUUGAGUUUAAUUCCCCUUUCUGCCCUGCUGUGAUGAGUGUGGAGCUCCAGUAGGGGUCGCUGUGGGCGUCUCGGUCGCGAUCCGCCACACAUUGAGAGAAAUAGAAGAAGCCGUGCGGCAGUUUUGCUGAUUGAUGAGCUGAGCUCUCCGACUCUACUAAUCAUCUUUCCAUUAAACUCUUUCUGACAGGGUUUUACCCCCACAGUUCCAUCUGAUCCGUUGUGGGGGAUUUGAGGUGGUUAACUGCGUUCUGCUGGAAACAUCAAGAUUUGAGUGGUCUCCUGUUGCCUACUUUCCUCCACAUUUUAAAAUUUUCCACAAGUAGAUCCGACUAAGAUGAAAUCUGACAAUAUUAAAUGGGAGACCCCGGAACCCACAGAGAGCUCCAGUAGUCACCAAAGCUCAUCUGAAACUAUUCACACAAAUCAAAAAACAAAACCUCACUGCUGUUCAGAAUGUGGGAAGAGUUUUAGUGAAAGGACUAAUUUCAGACGACACCAGCGCAUUCACACAGGAGAAAGACCGUACCGGUGCUCGCACUGUGGGAGGAGUUUUACUGAGAACGGUCAGCUGAGACAACACCUGCGAAUUCAUACAGGAGAGAAGCCGUACCAGUGCUCUGAGUGCGCCAAGACUUUUAGGCAGAAGAGUAGUCUCACCAGACACCAGCGUAUUCACACGGGAGAGAAGCCGUAUCAGUGCCCCGAGUGCUUGAAGAGGUUCACGCAGAGCAGCAGCCUCCGACAGCAUCGCUGCAAACCAGAUCAAGCCCAUGACUGCUCAAAAUGUGGAAAGAGUUUUAAACAUGCCCUCAGUCUGCAGUUACAUCAGCGUGUUCACAAAGGGAGCACGUCGUAUGACUGUGUGCAGUGCGGCAAGAAGUUCACGAGCCUGAGUACUCUGCAGCGCCACCACCACAUCCACACCGGGGACAAGCCCUUUCAGUGCUCACAGUGUGAGAAAAGGUUCAUCGAGAACUGUAAACUCAUAAACCACCAACGGAUCCACACAGGAGAGAAGCCGUAUCGGUGCUCGUGCUGUGGGAGGAGUUUUACAGAAAGGCGGUCUCUCCAUCAGCACGUGCGUGUUCACACCGGAGAGAAGCCGUAUCGCUGCUCGGAGUGCGGGAAAUGCUUCAACAGAAUGACUGCUCUCCGAGUGCACCAGCAACGCCACACAGGAAACAAACCCUACCGCUGUCCUCAGUGUGGAAAAGGCUUUACGACACACAGAAGCUUCCGGCAACAUCAGCACAUUCACACAGGAGAGAAGCCGUAUCACUGCUCAUACUGUCAGAAGAGUUUUACACAGUGGGCUACCCUCUAUAAACAUCAGCGUGUUCACACCGGCACCAAAAGUCACUACUGCUCACAGUGUGGGAAGAGUUUCAGUCAGAAGUCUCACCUGGGGCAACACCAGCGGAUCCACACGGGAGAGAAGCCCUACCUGUGCUCGCAGUGUGGGAAGAGCUUCAGUCAAAGCAGCAGUCUCAAAGAACACCAGCGCAUUCACACAGGAGAGAAGCCGUACCACUGCUUACAGUGCGAGAAGAACUUUACGAGCCAGAGUAAUCUCCAGCGCCACCAGCGCGUUCACUCAGGAGAGAGACCGUAUCCGUGUGCGCAGUGUGGGAUGAGUUUUACACAAAGCAACGCUCUCCAAAAACAUCAGCGCAUUCAUACAGGAGAUAAACCGUAUCGCUGUCUCGAGUGCGGGAAGCAUUUUAAUCGAGACGACUCACUCCAGCAUCACCUGCGUAGUCACACUGGAGACAAGCCCCAUCGCUGCUCUUGGUGUGGGAGGAGCUUCACGAAGCGCAGCAGCCUCCAUGUACACCAGCGCAUUCACACCGGCGAGAAGCCGCAUCACUGUUCGCACUGUGGGAAGAGCUUUAGGGACCAGAGCAGUCUCCGCCAGCACCAACGCAUUCACACAGGAGAGAAACCCUAUUACUGUACAGAGUGUGGAAAGCAUUUCACCAGCCAGAGUAAUCUCCUGCGACAUCAGCGCGUUCACACGGGACAAAAGCCAUACCACUGCUCAGUGUGCGUCAAGAGUUUCAGUCAGAACGGUAAUCUCAAAAAACACCAGCGUGUUCACUGAGCAGAAAACCAGAGUCGUUUUCAGCAAUGCGCACACAGUGAGCGGAUCAAUUAAAACUGCUGGUUUUAGGUCAGAUGGGUCGUUUAAACUCGGGCUGCAGUGGUACGGACACACCCCGACUACAGACUUCAAAGGAUGCUGCAAACCCCCCAGUCAUGUUGGUUAAUGAGUGUAACUGAUGUUUUAGUGUCUGUGCAUGCACAGUUGGAUAAAAAGUCAGAAUCUGAUCAGCUAUGGGAAUAAAAACGAGUUUCUGCCAUGCUCACAAGAUUGAUGACGUGAAACACAAGCUUGAGUGUUGGAAAGGUGCUAAAGAAACAGAACUCCUUCAGUGCUGUCGUCUUGUUGAAAGAUUUGUUUAGAUUUCUUAGUUACAUUGAUUUUAAAGACCCACUGACAGUCAUUUCGUAUUAAUUUUUAAACAAACAAUAUAUGACUCCAAAGAUACAUUCUGGUUUUAAUUCUUGGUUUAACUGUCCGUUUUAAACAUCAGAAGUAAUUUUAAAUUUCGCGCCGGGAGAUUGACCUGGGCUCAUUCAGAGAUGCCGGAAGUGACGUCACAUCAGUGUGUCGUUUUUGUGAUAUUGAGCUGUGGUUUUGUGAUUUCCUUGCGUGAAAAAGUUAAAUGGCGUCUAACCAAAAAGGGAUGAUAUGUGUGGCUUACGGGUGUUCUAACACCACGUCGGAAGGAGUGAAAUUCCUUUCCUUGGAAAAAACACCCUGAAAUAGCAAAAGAGUGGGGAAGAAACGUUUCCAAAACAGGUGCGAACUGGAAGUCAACAAAAUGGUCACGUCUCUGUUCAGCACAUUUCGAGGAGCACUGUUUCACUUUGUCGUCCAGAACUCGAAGAACGUUUGAUCCAACUUAUCCACUGGUGUUGGAGGAGUCAGCUGUGCCGACGCUGUUUGACAGGCCCGGGCCGAAUCAAUCUGUCAAAAGAGAAACAGAUGACAGCAGACCCCCGAAGGGGCGGUCAGAAAGCGAAAGUCCGGUGGUGCCUUUGCCAAAAGAGAACGAGCCAGGGUACGCGGCUAUGUGUUGCUAUUCAGUACAUGUAUGUUGUUUAAAAUUUGUUGUAACGUCACAAAUGCGUCUUAUACCAUUGCAUAUUACUUAUCAAUAGGCCAAAGCAGCUAAUACCAGUAAUGUACAACAACUGAAAGGCCGAUACCUUGCUUCAUAUAUUUCAGGGAUGCAAACAGCGCGCCUUUUGGCGGAUGGCGCCUUUUUCACGGCUGAAUCGCACAGAUCCGAAUUUUUUUUAGGGGGGGCGU